AGCAAACACGCGCACCGGAAUCGUUGGUCCCGUCGCGAGGCGCCAGUCGCCGCUAGCACGCGCUGAGAGGGCAAGAGCCGCCCGGUGCGGUUACUGGGUUGCCCGCCUGUCCGCCGGCGGCCUAGAACUGUCGCUGCCGCCACCGCUGCCCGACCGACCGAGUCUCCCGUUCGCCGGGCCGCGCUGCUUUGCCUUUCGUGAAUCCGCGGCCUUGAACUGUUUAGAACAGCGCUUAGGGUCACCUGCGGGACUUACGACAGCGGCGGCGCAGCAAAAGCACGGGUUCGCGUCUUCAUUCACUGGCUUGACGCAGCAAAACUCUUCGCGGCGCAAACCGCUCGCCGCUGACUUCAUGUCCAUACGAAGGUCGUAACAGGACCGUAGUGGAGAAGGUAUCUCUCGCGAGGAACUCCGAUUCGCGCGCCGCUUCUACUCGCCGCCGUCAUGUCUUUUGGACCUGCUCGUCCUUGCUGUGAAUCCGAGCUUAAGCGGGAGUGAAGACACGUUCAGCUUUCUGCUGCGUGUGUACUUCAUCUGCGACGUAUCGCAGUUCCGUUGACGGUUGCACCAUAGCACGAGAGCUACUCCCGUUACGCAACCAAUGGAGAAUUACUGCAUCUUCCCUUGGAGUACGUCAGCGGUGCUACGCCGCUUCCACUGGCACGUGCUCCUGCUUGCACUCGGCGUAUCCGUACUGUGGCAGCAGGAGCAGCGCGGUGGCAGGACCGGGGGAGCGGCUGACGCACAGAGCUGCGGCCCACGCAUCUCGGCGCGCUUCCUGCUCGACAUCCCGUGCGACAUGACGCGCUCCGCCUUCUGCAACGUCGCCGGCAGCUCCUACCCGUGGCACGCGGUGCGGCGCUACAUCUUUGAGAAUCAAGGCCUGGUGAGGCGCAUGUACGGCGACCAGCGACACAGCGUGAUUGUAGGCACCGAGAUAGAGGCGCGCAGGAUGCGCUACGACGACCUGCGCUUCCACGAGCCGGAGAGCCCCGUCCCGCCGGUCUCGUCGGUGCAUCGGACCCGCGGUCGGGCGGCGUACCGGGUGCGGCCCAACAGCCGCUACGCAAACCUACUCAAGACGUCACCCUUGGCAGACGGCGAGAAGGCACGUCCACCACCGCCGCCACCUCCACCGCCACCGUUUCCGCGGCCGCCCGCACACGCCGAUGUGACCGUGGGCAUGGCGACCACAACAGCUGGCACGAGCCCAGUGCCGGCCAUGGACGUGACGGGUGACAGUCCGGUGACGACAGCACCGGCCUUGCUCGACGACGACGCAGGCGCCUACAAGCCCGGCUGGCUGGGUGCUGCUAUUUUCAACGCUGCCAGGCUGUUGCGCAAGCUCCCAAAUUGGAGCCCCACGCAAGUGGUGUUUCACGGCGAGCCCGUCGACAUCGACGCGCCUUCGCGGCUUGCCACGGAGACCCCGCACAACCAGGAACCUGCCGCCAUCCUGACGACGCCGACAGCGCCCACGCACGCACCGGCAGCCGCCGUGACCACCAGGGAGCACCUGUCUACCGGCACGUUGGCGACGACAACGACAGCGGCUGCCGACUUCGAGCCGUCGUACGCGGCCGGCGAGCCGUUCACGCAUGAGCCGGAGCCGCUGCACGCGUACGCCACCAGCCAGGCGAGCACGGCGGCGUCCCAGCCUCUGUUCAGCCUGCUCGACAGCAACAGCAUCGAGGCGCCCGACGACGCACCGCACCACCACGAGCGGCCGGCGACGGCAGCCGCCUCGGUGAACCACCCGCACGAUCACGCCGAGGAGGAUGCGUCGGCCGAGCAGCCGCCGCCGGCCGAGCCUCUCAGGAGGGGCGUGAACGCAUGCCCGGUGAAGCAAGAAGUGCUCGCUCCUUAUUGGGCCAACAACACCCGUGGCAAGGUGCUGGCGCUACUCAACGUCUACCCCUUCGAGCAGUAUGUGCACGCCGAGAAGUGCGCGUUCGAGAACCAGCAGAUGUUCUGCCGGGACGGCUGCCGGUGCGAGCAGCAGUUCCGGCUGCACCGGCUACUGGCCUUCGACCCUCGCAACGAGUGUCGGGGCAUUUUUGCCGAUUGGUUUCGCUUUCCCUCUUGCUGCGUCUGCAUCUGCUACGAUCUCGGUUCUCCGGCUUCCCGGUGGAUGUCUUCCGGCCGAGGUGCCUGACAUACUGUGACACCGACUUCGUCUCCAGUGCCAAAGCUAACUUAUGCGUGCGCCCCUCUCACAGGCGCGUGUACAAAAAAUAAAAACAGAUUUAAUAAAGACAUUUAAAAACACCA